GAUAAGAAGUCACUCAUUUUCUCGUCGUGUCUCAGUUGCUUCAACAUAGGGAAUAGCGGGAUGGACGUGAGUGAUAGCAGAAAAACGAGCACAAUCUAUAUGCAACCGCUGCGGCGGAAUCCGCGGUAUAUAGAAGCAACUACUGCCGGCGACGAUAACGAAGCACUUGUUCCUCACCGCGUUGCAAAGGUCAGGUGUAAGAUAAGUACUCAGCAUUGUACGCGACAUUGGGUGUAGGGCUCAUUUGAUCUUUCCUUGUUGCUGCUCUGGCCAAACUGCGUGAGACCACACAGUAGCGAUAAGCUCGAUUGAAAACGGCACUGCUCUCGUGUUCGAGCAUAGGAUUCGUGCCUGAAGACACCACCAUGCCGGAUAACGGACAGGGACGGGUGCACCGUUUUCGCGACCACGUCGUCGCCGGCGUCAACUGGCGACCGACGCGGUUCGCCGACGAGGUGCCGAAUUCACAUGUGUGCGGCCUCUGCCGCAUGAUUCCAAACCGGAUGGUGUUGUUGCCCUGCGGUCACGCUUUGUGCCAAUCUUGCCAGGUCGCCAGUCUCGAAGGCGACGUUGGACAGUGUCCACUGGAUGAAGUGAAAUUCGAAGAGGCUGAGUGCGUCGGUUCUGAAUUAUCUGCAAGGACAGCAAAUACGUUGAAGGUGUACUGCUGGAACGAACAGCAUGGCUGCGAGUACACGGGAACCAUAGACCGUAUGCUGGAACACUACGAGAACGAAUGCACAUUUCACACCGUGGAAUGUUUUCGAUGCGGCGAGGGAGUCCAGCAUAGAGACCUGCCAACGCAUUACGCGGCUGCAUGCACUGCCCAUGUUUCUUCCGCGAUCACAGAGUGCCCGUCCUCGGAACCUACAGCACUGCCCCUUGAAGACGUGAACGCUGAUAUGAAAAACCCGAAGGCGAUGUCGGGGGAUCUCAUCCACGGCCAGCUGCCGCCAGUCAUGCAGAGUCAGUUGAAUGAGCUUCCGGAACAAGCAACAAGCCAGGAAAGCAGAUUCACUGGGAUCACUCGCGAGAUCGCAGCAUCCGAGUGCAAUUUAACGGGCGACAUGGCUGAAAUAGCCACCACGAUGUCAUCGAUAGUGUCGCACGAACUGACCUCUGAGCGAAAUCCGGCGGAGGAAGCCAGCGCGUCGUCGUCGCUGACGUUGCGCUCGGAAAUGGCGCUGAUACUUCGAAAGUUGGAACGCAUGGCCGCCCUGGAACACUGGCGGCAAACUUACCCGAAGUCUGCUUCCAGCCGCGUAAUUGCUCAUUGUGAGACUUUGUGCGUUGACGUUCGGCAUUUAACCAGUGUGCUGUCAGCGACAGCCACACGGAUUAGAGAAAUUGGGAGUGUGGAUUAUGUACUCACCCUGGAAAACUGUUACGAAAUCAUUCAGUGGCAGGGAUCGAGGAAAAAGUUCGCUGAAAUUAGGGUGUGGCACAUGAGAGACACGUACUUUACGGUUGCCGUUUUGAAGGGCUUCGGUGUCUAUGCACCUGUUCUCAGUGUGGAGAUCGAGUUUAACGGGUUGCUGGUGGACUCUAGGUGUUGGCCGCCUUUUUGGCACGUUAACGUGUGGGAUAAUGCAAUGCGUAAGCAUCGUUCGCUUAAUUCCCGUGCCAUGUCUUGUUUGUGCGAACGUUAUGAUGACUCAUUGCAACACUUCCACCUCGAAUUCCAUGUAUAUAAUGCCUUCCUCAACAAUGACAAUUUCCUCCGAGACGGAAAGAUAACCUUCCAAAUCUUGCUCAGCAAUAAAGAAAUGGAAGGUGGCGUGAAAGGGGAACCCUAAAGUUCAUCCUCACAGAAUGUGUACUACACUGCUGGAUCGUCCUUGCCAGUUCCCAUGUGUGUGACGUGACAUUAGCGAACUUUUGAGGACUUUUCUCCUAAAUGAAAUUGGCUCUGCGAAAUUUCUUGUCUUAAUAUUGCUAUGCUUUGUAACUGUCAACCUGUCCUUUCUAUAGAUUACUGGCUUUUAAUUUCGUCUUUUAUUGUGCUUAUGCAGCUGUUGUUCCUUAGUAUUGUGCUCCUCGACACCUUUCUGAUAAUAUGGUGCCCACCUUGAUACAUUCCUCUCUAUUAAUGCCGUGCGGCUGUUAAUGCGAUGAAUUGCAACGCGAUGGUCGUGGUGGAUACUGCACUUCAGUACUCGGCGUUUCCCUAUAUCUCAAAUGUUCGGGCAAAGUUAACGUUCGGAAUGUGCAGGCCUUCGCUUGUGACUUUAAACAGUAUUUUCGGCCAACAAUUUGUACUCCGCCUUCGAUGAACGGUGUAUUAAAAACUCUAAUAUCACACGCAAUCAGACCAUGUACUGCUACAGCAGCUCGAUUGCUCAGAUAAUUGGCGUUGGAGCUGAUGACGUCUUGAACAAUAAAUCUCUUGUUUGGAUGCAUCUGAGUUGAGAUGCGGCUUACACCAGAAUAGAAUUGAUAGUGAUGACGAAACUGCGUCCUCCAUCAGAGCGAGUGAUCCGCGUGUUUCUACUGGGACGUCUACCCGAAGACCCAAGGGAGCCUAAAUAAAAGCUGAUGUUUACGACAGAAGAGGUGGUGACUGAAGAAUAUGAGUUUAUUUUUUACAGCUUGCUUGAAAGUGUGAUGAACGGAUAAAAACCCCCACAUGGGUCUUUUUAUCGUCGCUGCUUUCUAAGGCCUAUAAUUGAUCUUGGUGCUAUUCUUACUUGUUCUUGGUCAAACUUGCGGUGUCUUAUCUUAUUUUACUGUUUUCAGUUAUCGCGGUGAUCUAUCGACCUUUGGACUACAGAAGUAUUUUGUUUUAUUUUUGAAAGCAUUAGUUGGUGAAUCAUUGCAAUUACGCCACUUUUCGGAGCUUUGUCUGAACUGUAGUUUGGCCACGAGGCAGAAGAUAUGAGGCAUGCGGAUCAAUACUUUACUGCUGCGUGCUUCUACAGUCCACAGAAAUGACUGCACACGGGCACUUAAGCGUUUCUCCACUGUCAAAAUGAUUCCACCAAUUUUUAUAACCAGACUCUCUCCCUUUAUCUCAUCACACGAAGGGCCGCCCUGGUAUGUCGGCGGUCUAAACAGUAAAAAAAUGCCAUGAAAAUGUAGCAGCAGCAACACCUGAAAGGCAUCAGAAUGUUUUAGCCAAUUUUAAUCAUAAGCAUGGGUGUGUGGUUAAACACUUAAAAACAAGCUAACACCGACAGUUUGCGACUCGUUAGGCGGUGUCCGAGGUACAUAAGCCGUGUCACUUUUUUCAAAACACUUUUCAGAUUCCACGUGUAGCUUCGAGCAGACUGAAAAUGAUACCACAGUUUUAGUCUGUCGCGUCAUGCGGGUAAAGCUCUAAGGCAAACCUUUACAUAAGCAUUUCCAUCUGGAAAGUGGUACAUGAAAGCCAUGUGACUGAGUUUUCCCACCCAUCGAAAGCAAUAAGGCACUGUUUGCUGGCUUGUAGCUUGCUCGCAGCCAAAACGCGGGAUCCGUUAGAGCUGCAUUUGAGAGCAGCCUGGCGGCAGUUUGAAAGGGGAUGUGUAUUAAACCUGUUAUCGAGUGUACAACUUGCGUUAUUUGCAGUGUUCCAUCGCUCUUGUGCAUAACACAAGCUGUGCUCAGAGAUUACUGCCCCAAAGGCUGCGUUGAAGCACCACUGCGCCAGCAUGCGCCACCGCACCUGUACAAAGGCUCAGCGAUGACAUCCAAGGUGGAGCCUGUAUAACGUCAAGAAAGAAAGAAAAAAGUUACGAAUUACAGGAUAAAGGGAACAUGCAUGUAAGGCGUCGUCUAGGAGAAUGAGAUAUACGCAAGGUUACUUCUAUUUCAUAAUCUUUUGUCAUUUCGUUUCAAAGCAAAAUCACAGCUCGGACGCGCUCUUCAUUUGAGUUACUUUUGAUGGUCGACGACGGUGGUCCAUUUCACAACUGCAAGAAACGCGUUUGCGGAACGCAUCUGAACGGCCUCGAUGAAAAAAAUUGACGGUGACUUAGGUAUCCUAACGUGAUGAUGAUUAUCAAAGCAUUAUGACUUCUCUAAUUAAUCCCGUCCUGAUACGUGACGUCAUACACUGUCAAGUGUCUUUCACAACUCUACCUUAGUGGUCCGUAGUCGACGUUGCCAUAAUUUGUACCAACUCUGAUCGACCUUAAUCUACCUAAUGCACUUUAGACUACCUUAAACUGUUUGUAUGCAUGUUAAUCGAGUUUAUUUCAACUUUAUUCAUUUUACUUCGCCCUAAUUCCCUUCACUCCCUCUCGAGUCACCUUUCUGUUGUUCUAAUUUUAAUUCUGUACUUCUGCUGACGUCAAAAAAGACGCUGAUGACGUCUCUGAUGCUGAUGUCUUUUGGUACCACUGGUUGCCUAGAACGCCAGCUUUUCUGCCUCACGGGAUAUCUAAUGCCUUCGCAUUAAUAAUUACUCAAGACAUUGCGAACUGAAAACAGAAAUAGGGCACUUGCGUAUGAAGUGCAAACUUUCCCACUGCAAGUGACGCUCUUAUUUUAUAUGUAUAUUAUAGAUUGGCCUACGGGAACAUCAGCGCGAUGCGCUAUGAAGGCGCUGCUACGUUAC